UUGCAGGUUGAGUACGUAAGUGAUGUCAUUUUGACUCGUCAGGAUGAGACGCCGACGGAGUUGACGCCGACGCCCGACCAUGCCGACGAUACCGAAGACAAUACCGUACGUGGUGAAUAUGCGCAUGAUGAGGCGACGGCUGCUGUAAACUUCCACAGACCCGAGCCAAGAACAUGGAUGGCUACUCAAAAUCCUGCAGUGGAUGAUGAUAUAGAUGUGUUGCCACCGGAAGCAGAAGAAAACAGCUCGGACGACGAGUACGAACCUGUGGAGGAGUGCCUUUUAAAUCGAGCAGAACUGCCAUUGAAAACUGUCCAACGGCUUACCGAGCAGGCUAGAAAGCUGGGCAAGCUGAUCAGGACAAGAAACAGGCUGCAGCAGCAGUACUGCAUUAACCGGGAACAACCACAGCUUAAUGAUGAGUUCAGGUUUGUGAUUACUCAUUGA